GGCAGCUAACGCCCAUGUGAAGUUUCUCCUCUGGAAGCUGAUAUCGCCUUUGGAUAUUAUCAGUUGAACGGCUCGUAAAAAACAAUCAAAAGCCGAGGUGGAUGCAGCGUGGCUCCUCGCGUGAGGGAGGAUGGCAUCCAAAGCUGUUUACACGCGCGGAGAUCCAAUGCUGAAAAAGCGAGAUGACUUCGAAGACAUGCUGGAGGAACGCCGGAUCUCCAGCGACCUCCGAUUUGCCGCCAAGUGCUUCAUGCCCGUCCUCUAUAAAGGCCUGACGCCGUGCACGCCGGAAACGCUCAAGAGCACCACGCUGCACUCGGAUCCCGUUAACUAUGUCAUCCAUCAGGUUGCCAAGGAGACGGGCAAAGCGUUGGAGGACGUCCGGGCCGAGGCUGAGGCCAUCUUGGACGAGAUGGCUCACCGCCUGCAGCUCAGCACGGUUCGAUUUUUCGCCUUCAUGCUCAGCAAGGUGUUCAAGACGUUGUUCCGGAGUGUCAGCGUGAACGAGGAAGGCAUCCAGAGACUCCAGCAGGCUAUCCAAGAGCACCCGGUGGUUCUCCUCCCGAGCCACCGCAGCUACAUGGACUUCCUGCUCAUGUCCUACAUCCUGUAUACGUAUGACCUCUCCCUGCCCGUCAUCGCUGCUGGCAUGGACUUCAUGGGGAUGAAAUUUGUGGGCGAGAUGCUGCGAAUGUCCGGCGCUUUCUUCAUCCGACGCUCGUUCGGUGGCGACAGAUUGUACUGGGCCGUCUUUUCCGAAUAUGUCAAGACCAUUGUCAAGAAUGGGUAUGCUCCCGUCGAGUUUUUCCUUGAGGGCACGCGAAGCCGAACAGCCAAAUCUUUAACGCCAAAGUUGGGUUUGUUGAACAUCGUGAUGGAGCCCUUCCUCAAGGGCGAGGUGUUCGAUGUGUCCUUGGUGCCGGUCAGCAUCAGCUAUGAGAGGAUAUUGGAGGAGGCGCUCUAUGCCCGGGAGCUUCUCGGCGUUCCGAAGCCCAAGGAGUCCACGUCGGGUCUCUUUAAAGCCAGGAAGAUCUUGCGGGAAGACUACGGUAGCAUCCAUGUUUACUUUGGUCAACCAGUGUCGGUCAGGAAUUUAGCCCACGGCCACGUGGACCGCUGUCAGUUUAAUCUGACGCCCAGACACAUUCCUGCAAGGCCCAGAGAGGAGACAGUGCACUUUGUGAACAGCACCGCCUACAGGCUGGUGAGGGCGCAGGAGGAGAACUCCGUGCUGAAGCCGUGGGUCCUCCUGGCGACUCUGCUUUUGCAGAAGCAGGAAGCGCCGAUGACUCUGGAUGAGCUGACUGAACGAGCAGUGUGGCUGCGGGACCUUUCCCGGCAGUACGGAGCCUUCCUCCAUUGGCCCGACCAAAUGCAUCCAUCUGAGGUGGUGUCCUCCAGCCUCGCCCUGCACGGAGGUCUGGUGAGGAUCUCAGAGGGGCGGGUUCACCUGGAACAAGCAGGAGCAGCCGAGGCGGCCUCCUCCCCGGAGGAGCAACUUCUGAGCCGGGCAGUGCUGGUGCUCUCUUGCGCCUCCUACAGGAACCAGGCGAUACAUGUUUUCCUGCGACCGGCGCUGCUCGCCUUGGCCGUACGUGCCACCUCUUCCGCGCGAAAAGUGGAGGUUUUCGACUGCUUCAGAUUCCUGAGGGACGUCUUUUCGAAUGACUUCAUCCUGUGUCCUGGAGCCACCGUACAUGAUUUCGAGGAGGCUUGUUACCUGCUGGAGAAGACCGGAGCACUGCACGUCACCCAGCACGACGUGGCGGUGACAAAACGGGGGCAGAAAACCCUGGACUUCCUCACGGGCGUGCUGGAGCCCUUCCUGCAAGGAUACCUGGUGGUUUGUCGCUUCCUUUUGGAGUCCGCAGAGGCGCUGACGCAAAAGUCGUUCAUCCCUGCCGUCCGCCAGUUUAUCAUCAAACAUUUGCUGCAAGGGAGGCUGACCCAAUUGGAGGUAUUGUCGUCCGACCUGCACAAGAACGUUCUGGCUGCUCUGCUCAGACUGAGUGCCGUACGGAGAGCGGAGCAGGACACUCUGAGGGUCAACAAAGUGAAACUUCAAUCUAUGGAAGACGCUUUGGGAGGGAAGCUCCCGCCUCCGAACGUUGCCACGGCUCGCCUGUAAUGCUGCAAAUCUUCACCAAAGGACACUAUGGACUCAAGCGUACCAUCCAAACGACUUGAACUUGAAUUUAUGAAAUAUGGGAUCUACUCACGUUUUUGUGUGUUUUGUAGACUAACAACUUUCCCGCUGGUCAAUUAUAAGCGCUUUGUUUGCUCAAAGAGGGUUGCACUUAGAAGAAAGUGGAGCCACGUUUACACUAACAUAUAUUCAACUCUGCCCUUCUUGUAUGCCAAGAAAGUUUAAAAGCGUUUUGUGGUCAACUGAAGGCCAACAUCUCAAAUGUGUGGAUUUACCUCAAGAACUAAAACGCAAACUUCUGCACAUC